CUCUGGUGGAGCUCCUCAUGUCCUAUCCUUCUUCGUACCUCACGCAGUUCAGAGAUUAAAAGCUUAUCUGGCUCCUGCAACAAAUCGCUCGUAUCCCGGCCAUUCGUUCCCUUUCGUUUGUUCUCAGAGACGUCUGCGCAAUCUGUUGUCAGAUCCAGUCUUCGACUGUCUGGAUUGAUUCGUUGCGAUAUCUUGCACUCAGCUUUCUCCUAUCAUAUUUAUCAUCACGGUCCCAUUCCAGCCAGUAUAAGUCUCAACCUUCAUGUCCCCCGUUCUGUCCCCUCCUUGGAUCACAAUGUCCUCUGGCUUCAGCUAUUUUUCGAGGGCGACAGGAAGCAGUGGCUCCUGUACGCAGUCAGUUGGUAGUGAUGACUCUUGGUCCCGCCACAGUGGCAUUGCAGCCCAACAGCCGCCGAUGUAUGGGACUCCCAGUGAACGGCCUAUCGUUUACCACCCAAGCUCCAAAAGGAUGUCACCACCGAAUAUUGAACGGGGCUCACUGGACGCACAGAAUGCGGCCACGAGGUCUCUGAAGCCCAUUUCUCCGGACUUUAACUUCUCCAUGCCCUACAGCGGACUGCCGGUGACUUCCCAGCUCAAUACCAGUAUCGCUGCGCCGACGGGAACAUCUCUACCACGCCCGAGCCCCCAUUUUCCAGAGUGGGACCAUCCUGCUCGAUUGCCAGCGGAGUCUCUUAGACGUGAAUAUGAGUACGCCAGAUCCUUCGAAGCGCCAGAAUACAUGGUUGAGAGUAACAGCCGGCGGGCCGGCGAUAGAUUCAAGGGCACAACACGAUAUCAUUCACAGAGGAGACCAUCUAACCGGGAUGAGUUUGACGGCCCCCACCAAUUACUUGAGCCUCCCUCUCCGCGUGUGAUUGCGGCGCAAGGAAGGGAUCUACCUCAUCUGCCUACUAAUCUUGAUGUCUCAGAGCAAGAUCGUAUCCUGUCUUCAGUGAACGACCGACUAUCGCAAUGCGCAUUUGACUUCGUCGCGAAGUACCAGUUUCCAAUCCCACUAGAACCGGACAAGAGACAGGUGAGAGUACCCUCAGACCGUGAAUGGACUGAGUGGGUAUACCUCCUCAAGAGACUGGCCACCAAGCGGCGGAUCCCCGCCAGAGUCCUGUAUAAUGGCCAGAUCAAGCAGUUAGUCACUAUACUGGAGAAUUCCUUGGAGAUGAGGCAUGCUGCCAAGCAUCAAUCUAGGCCUAUCAAGGACGACCGCAAUGUCCUUCAGCUUAUUUCUGCCGGCACGCAGGUGGCCAAGAUUCUGAAGGAUGCUACCGCAAUGGAAUAUCUUGACCAUCUAUAUCUUGACACGGAGAAGCGCAUCCAGGACCGGCGCAAUCGUCGAGUGAAAUUCGUUGGCCCUUGAUCAACGGAUCUCGGAUCCUCCCGACCAUAUUAUGAUUUUUUUUCUUUCAUCCUGGCCAUGAUUAUACCAUGUUAUAUACCAAUCCGUCUGGAAGA